CUUGUAACUUUGAAAGCUAUUUGGCGUUUUCGUAAAUGUAUAUCAAAUGGGUUCAAUGGAUUCGCCAUCAAUUAUUAUAUAACCUUUUCUGCCUCUUUCUCAUUCCUGCAGUGAUGUCCUUCACUAGACUCCUAUAUCUGCUAAGCGCCGAUGCACAUAAUCUUAAGACAACCAUGCACUGUAUCGUUAUUUCACCUUUACUAACUCCUUGAGCAAGGUGACAGAGGAAUCCCCUGUUUGAACUGCCUCAAUAUAAUGUUGCUUCCAGGGCCCGGUCUGCUGGCCUUUUCCCAGUCCAGCUUUUAAUUGACACUGUAGGCGUAACUCAAUGAAGACUUGACUAGAACUCAACAGGGCACCAUGCCUAUGCAAGCUUUGUUGCACCAGAAGGGGACGUCUCGUACGUCUAGCCUCGGAUUCUUAACAUAGUUCCACGGUGGAAAUGCGACCAAUCUCGGUGUGUACAUACAUAGCAGACCUGCUACCGCAACUACUAUAACACGAAGAAACACCUACAACACAACCCUUCCACCCACAAUCCAAACCUCAACCCUCAGUCUCACAGCCAAGCAACUGCACCUUCCCCG